GAAAAGUCCAUGUUCCCGCUACCGCGAAAUUAAAUCCCCGCGAACUUAAAUGCAUUUACAGUAAUCUCCCAUAAAAACCUAAAAAAUUAAUAGAUAAUACAGUGCCAAUGAUAUUUGUUUAUUUACCUUUUUGUUUGCACGUGGUCAAUGCCUCAUUUUUUUUCUAUCUUACAUUACUUACUAUGUCUAUUAACUAAAUUAUCGAAGUUGCAAAAGAUGGAGGACCUGCACCUCGUGGCCCGAAACGUCCUUCCCGCUCAUGCGCACAGCUGGUUUGUGCAGUCAUCACGGCAUCCGCUGGGGUAGCCAUAAUCCUGACAGGAGUCUUCAUCGCUUCGCCCCAGGAAACCCAUCAGGACCUUAACCGUCCGUAUCCUACAGGGCCACCAGGGACUGUCACGGAACUGUUGCCGACCGAAGGAAGCUCACAGACUGAGAUGCGAACAGUUCAGACAACCACACCCUUGGAUAAGGACUCACAUACCUCCACCAACUUGAAAAGAACGACGAGAGCACUACCAUCAUCUGCAAAGAUGGAAGGAUGCUUACCAGGAACGACAGAAGAUGGUGAAAAACGUCACGUCAUCACGUUUGGUGGGCGGGGAUCCACACUGGGGAAGUUCUCUCGUCUGUGUGGACUUAUUUUCUCUUGUAGAAACGAGAUAUUCGUAGCUGAUCAUGACAACAGUCGAGUCCAAGCAUUUAACAUCAAGGGUGUUUACAUUCGUCAUUUCUUGACAACAGUACCAGGCAAAGCCGGAAGUACGAUAUUUCCCGAAGGACUGUCCGUUGAUGGCAAUGAAAACCUGUGGGUAGUUGGGAAUGCUAAAUUCAGUUCCUAUGUUGUACAAUACAACAAUGAAGGUCGAGCUUUGAGUAAGUUCGUGGUGCCAUGGAGCCAACGCGUUCGAUCCAUUGCAGUGGAUACAAAAAGUAAUCAUAUUCUCGUCACAAAACGUGACAGGGUACCACAGGAGCUUUACAUAUAUCAACCGAAUGGCUCGUUUGUUAGAAAGCUUGAGAAUUCAUUUUCAGAGUCCGUCGUGGUAAACAGGGCAGGAAACAUUCUUACUACAAAAUAUAACAUGGUUCACGUGUAUAACCAGACCGGGGACCUUCUGUUCAGUUUUGCGGGCCAUGGUGAUAGUGCUAGCGCUCUUACCUAUCCCAAAGGAAUCUGUACUGACACGUUAGGACAUAUCUUUGUGGCAAGUCGUGGUGGGGUGCUUGGAAACGGUCAGGUUUCCAUGUUUACAAGUCGCGGACUUUUCGUUCGCCAUGUUGUUACUGGGCUGGGGAUGAUAACUCAUAUUGCAGUUGGUGAAGAAGGGCAGUUGGUAGUGACUGAUGUAAGGGAUAACACGGUCACUAUCUACAACACUUAUUAAUGCGGGCAGUAGCAGCGGCCUGGAAAACAUAAGGGUACGAGGGGUGAUCAAUAAGUCCUCGGCCUAACCCAGAAAUAAUAAGCACAGCUCAGAUUUCGAAGCAAAGAUUUCCAGUAUAAAUUCUUAUAUAAAUAUGUACCGAAAUUCAACUUAUUGUAAUCAUUGCUUUGCAGGCGACACCCAGUAACGUUAGGUAAGAUAGAAGGAUAUAAAACUGGACAAUUGAGCUGCGACCUGAGGUGUGCGCGUCAACUUGCGCUGCUGGAAGUCAGACACCCACUUCUUUCUGCUUGGAAUAGAAAGAGAAUCAUUAUCAAACAUUUUGACAAUGUCUUUUGUUGAUGAAAGAAUUUACGGGAAAUUGAUCCACACAUGUCUGAUCACAAUUCACCCU